CAAAUUGCGAUGUGGCGCAGAUAGUAAUAUUAAUAACCGCGUGUGAAAUGUCACAACAUGGAUGCCCAGAGAGACUUUCGAACAGAUCGAAGGGCUUUCAGGAAGAUGGGACGAGCCAACCCACUAUGGAAGUGUUGGUGGAGACCCUUACGGGAACCGCAUUUGAAAUGACUGUGUCGCCUACCGACACGAUAUUCGCUAUAAAGUCGAAGAUAUUCAGAGUAGAAGGCAUCCCGGUGUCGCAACAACACCUGCUGUACAACCUACGCGAGCUCGACGACGCGCGCUCUCUCCGCGACCACGCCGUGGGGGACGGCGCGAGACUCCGCCUCGUGCUGGGGCUCCGCGGCGGGCCCGUGUCCACGCGCCGCCUGCCGCCCGCCGACCCGCUGCGCGACAUCGAGCGCCUGCUCUACCCCGCGCGCUCCGACGAUGAGGAGGAGCGCGGCUGCAAGGCCACGGUGUUGGUGUUCCGCGAGGGCGAGCGCGUCAACCUCGUGCGCGUGCGCGAGAACCGCGACGGCACCUACUCGCCGCUCGAGCGCGCCAAAUUCCCGGCCGAGCCGGCGGCUGGGCGCGCGGACGAGGCGGGCGCGCGGCGCGACAACGCCGUGACGCUCGGCAAGAUGCUGGAGCUGCGGCGGCGCAUGGAGGCGCUGGCCGUGCGCCGGCCCGCGCCCGCGCCGCGCGCGCGCAGCGAGGAGGCGCUGGCGGCGCCGCGCCUGCUGGACGCCGGCUGCGGCUGCGGCGUGCUGCUGCCCGCGCGCGCCGCCUCCGACCGCUCCAUCGACGGCUCGCUCGUCGAGUCGCUGUCGUCGGAGCGCCUGUCGCGGCUCCCCGGCGCGGCGGGCGCGCUGCUGCCCGACGAGCCCGCCAUCCUCGAGGAGUGCGACGACCACGCGCCGCUCGCCGCCGACCUGCCGCGCGACCUCGGUGCUCGCGGCUUCGGCUCCAGCGUGGCGCUGGCGCCGCCCGCGCACCGGCGCGCGCGCUUCUCCUGCUCCACGCCCGACCUCGGCCAGCUGCAGCGCAACAGGAUGCUGCCCGCGCUGAGCCGCCACCGCAACCGCGAGCACCUGCACCUGAGCGACGACGGGCUGGACCUGCGGCCCGCGCCCGCCCCGCCCGCCCCCGCCGCCCCGCCCGCCCCGCGCCGCUGCCAGCUGUGCCGGCGCCGCCUGAGCGUGGCCACGGCGCACCGCUGCCGCUGCGGCGGCGCCUACUGCGCGCCGCACCGCUACGCCGAGGUGCACGGCUGCUGCUACGACUACAAGGCCGAGGCGCGCGCCCCGCCCGCCGCGCUCGCCGACCGCAAGCUGCCCAAGAUAUAGGCCGCCCGCCGUCGACACCGUCACAACCCAUUCGAAAAACACUCAGCCGCACUCCGAGAUAUAGACAGGACGGCUCUAGCCCGCACUUACCACUGUGUUUCUAUUAAAAAAAAGAUCAGCGCCCAGGUGCGGGACACCGUCGGUACCGUCGCAGCCCAUUCGAAAAACACUCAGCCGCACUCCGAGAUAUAGACGGGACGGCUCUAGCCCGCUCUUAACACUGUGGCUUUCUAUUAAAAAAAAAUUAGCGCCCAGGUGCGGUUUUAAAUUAAAACGUAAAAUGCGGCACCCCUGACGCCGUCGACACCGUCGAUAGCGUCACAACCCAUUCGAAAAUCAAUCAGCCGCACUCCGAAAUAUAGACGGGACGGCUCUAGCCCACACUUAACACUGUGGCUUUCUAUUAGAAAAAAAAGAUCAGCGCCCGCAGUUUUCAAUUAAAACGUAAAAUGCGGCACCCCUGACGCCGUCGACACCGUCGAUAGCGUCGCAGCCCGUUCGAAAAACACUCAGCCGCACUCCAAGAUAUAGAGGGACGGCUCUAGCCCGCUCUUAACACUGUGGCUUUCUAUUAAAAAAAAAAUCAGCGCCUGCAGUUUUAAAUUAAAACGUAAAAUACGGCGCCCCUGACGCCCAGCGCCUACAGUAUAGGUAGAGCCACCCCUGCACACACGUACACACAACAAGCACGGAUCUAAACUGACAGUCUCGAUCGGUGUUGCAACACCGAAUAAAAACUAUUUGAGUGGCUACUAAAAUAUCAUUUACAUAUCUAAUCUGUGUACAGAUUUUCUGGUUAAAAAAAAUGAAGAGAUCGUCUCUUUAGAGCCGUUCGUGUGAUUAUAAUGGGUUAAAAAUAAUAUUGAUAAAGCAUAAUUUAAAUCGUAUAGAAAUUAAAAAUUAAUUUGUGAAAUGAAACUUUGACCAUAGUAAAACUUACAUAGAUGAUCCUUUAAAAAAUACGAUAAUGACAAAGAACAAAGUCUUUCCACUGUAUGUUUCCCCAUACCUAGAGAAAAGAAAUAUAUUAUUAAACCAAUAAACUAUUUCUCAAUAUUCAAGAGAAACGUAACUGCUAUAUCUAUAAUAUUUAUAUAUCGUUGAAGAGAAGCGGCUGUCAAAAAAUAUUCGAAUCAAAGAAUUCUAAACCAGUGGUUAGUUAUUGAAAACUCUCACUAUCAAAAAAAAAAAAGAACUUGCUAUCUCAAAUCCUAAUUUACUCAUUUUGAUUUUUUUUAAGCUACCAUUGAAACAAAAAUUGUUAUGGUGGUCAAUAUGUUUACUAGCUUGAUAUAAAACAAUAUGGAUACCAAUUUUAGGCUAAAAUAUUGUUCUAGAUUAAGGUGUAACAAUGAAAGUCUAACUAUUUCGCCCGUUUUCAAAAUUAAAAUGUAUUAAGUUACAUUGACGAAAUUAGCCAUCAAACAUGUAUUUCCAAACAAAAUAACAAGAUUUUUACCGUGAUUUGAGCAUUUUAACAAACGAAAUUACGAAAUUAUCAAAUGUCUAAAAAUUUUACGGAGAGUGUCAUCUCGACCGCACCGAUCAAUCUUUGUGUACUCUCAACUCUAAAUCUUCUCUAUUAGCAUGUUUUAUUUUUAUUUUUCUAAUAGCGAUAGUUUUCACCGAUUACCCCACGAGUCGUCCACUUAUAUUUGUUCUGUGUAAAGUAUACAAUUCCGUCGGGACGGUGUCGAUAGCUGUAGAUAUUAAUGUCAAGUGUCUUACUCAUUUCUUUCAUUAAAAUUUUAUGUCAAAGGUUUUUUCUUUUCUUUGUAAAGCGGUUGCACGGGUAUCUUUCUGCACGCUCACUAAUCAUUUUCCUGUGAAUAUUAACUUGAAACUGUAAAGAUUCGACAAAAGAAUGUUUAAAAAAUUACAAUACUAACAUGUAGUUUAUUGUUUUUUUGUUUUUAACAGGAAAACAGUUUGGAAAGAUAACUGUGUGAUGAGGUUAUUGCCAUGUAAUAUUAUACUAUAAUCUUUAUGUAAUCUUCGGGACGGAAAGUUGUAAGUAAAUUACACAUUGAACGUCUUCAGUUGUUUCGAGUGUCUGGAUAUAUUUGUCUUCGGUCGGACACUCGCUCGAUUUUAUUUUCUAAAAAUUGUAGCGAGUCCGUCGGUGUUGAACGAAUUGUGAUAUAAUUGACCUAAAUUAAGAUUAAAGAAAUGUUAAAAAUCAUCUGCCAUGUGUGUUUUCGUAAUUAAAAAUAAUUGAAAAAAAAAAUGAUCAAAAAGAAAAAAAUAUAUAUAAAUAGAUAAUAAUUGUUACAAUACUUCGCCCUUACUCGUCGAAGGUGCUUUGUUUGUGCUAGAACACUUAUUUCUAUUCUUUUGUUCUAUAUUAUUGUAAUGUUAGAUUAAUUGCUUGUAAUUAUUAUAAUUGAGGCGCCCCCUGGACAAGUGGCCACACCCACGUAAGUAUAAAUAUCUAAAUUACCAUAACUCCCUUUUUAUCGUAAUUUUUGACGUCCAAAACUAUUUCAGUUUAAAAUUAAAAUGCCAUCUACCAAGAUGCAGUGAAAAUCUGUGAUUUGGUAAAAUCUAAAUAUAUGCUUUUGUGUUUGGCCACUUUUUCGCUCGCCUCCCUGUAGCGGUGUGCAGUAUGCCGAGCGUGUCGCACGCGUGUCGCACACGUGUCGCACGCGUGUCGCACACGUGUCGCACGCGUGUCGCACACAGCGCGCUGUCCGCUCCGGUGCCGAAUGCGCCAAAUUUAUACGUUAUCUGUGGUAUACUUUUGUGGUUUAAUUACAUUUUAGAUAAUUCAUGAUUUGUAUUCGUUUAGUAUCUAUUCUUUUUGGUAUCGAGUAAAUUUAUUUUUGUAACAUGUAUUAUAAUUUUUACUAACCGUUGUAGAGUGAUGGAGGCGAAUCGAUAAAUUGUCACGCUUCGAAAGGUUGCUGUUAUUAAAAAUAUAUUUUGUAUAAAAAAAAUAUAUUUUGAAUUGUAAACCCAGUUAAGCGAUUUUUUUUUCGACUUGCUCAUCCUGAGGCAACAGAAGAGUUCCUAUUCCGUAACUAAAUUGUCCACAUGAUGCUUGUUCAAUGGUAUCGAGAAAGAAUUUAAUGUUGUUUAUUGAAUAUUCACGAUUUAAUGUAACACAGUUGUUGACAAAUGUACAAUUUAUUAAAUUAUACUUUAUAUUUGGGGCAUUCGACUAUUCCUUGAGUAAUAUUUAAUGAAAUUCUAAAUAAUAAUAAAAAAAAAAAUAUUUAAAAAAUUUCUGUACGUGGUUAGGACUGCCAUUUUUCGACAUGACAUCACAAAAGUACACAUUGUUAAUAACUUCGCUAUUAUAAAUUAAAUAUUAAAUUCAAAAGAAAAUUAAUUAAUUUUUGAUAUAUUACGUUUUUCUUAUUGUUAGUUGAAGCUAAAACUUAAAAAAUGAAUACACUCGCAAGGUGGCAACCCUAACUUAUUUAAACUACAAAAAAAUAUAUUGAUAUUAAAACCCAAUACGGUUUAUGGGAUUGUUGAUAUAAUCGUUGAUAGUUGCGUAUAGGAAUCGUCUAGUACCUCGUAAAAUGACCCUUUUCACUCAUGUAUAAAGUUCAUAAUGGUCCGUUCGUCGCCACAAUGUCUUAUAGUAUUUUUAUGUUAAUAGUUACACAUCUGAUAAUAGUUUUGGCUGACUUCGAAAAUAAACAUUGAAAAUGCGUAAGCGUGA